AGAUGUUGACUGCAAACUGCGAAGGUACAGACAAGAUGAAGCUCGUGGUUCUCGCUCUGUUUGUUGCUGGUGCCUAUGGGUGCGGCCUGCCCGCCUUCCCCCCGUUGGCGAGCCGCGUGGUUGGAGGAGCGGAUGCCCGACCUCACAGCUGGCCCUGGCAGAUUUCUCUGCAGUACAACAAUAGAGGUGAGUGGAAACACGACUGUGGAGGUACUCUGAUCUCCAACCAGUGGGUCCUCACUGCUGCUCACUGUAUCAGCAGUGGCAGGGAGUACAGAGUGGUCUUGGGAAAGCAGAACCUGAGGGAGACGGAGAAUGGUGAAGUGUUCAUGGGCACCGCCGACAUCAUUGUGCAUGAGAAGUGGGACGCCCUGUUAUUUCGUAAUGACAUUGCCCUGAUCAAACUGCAGUCCCCUGUUGUCUUCUCUGACACUGUUAUGACUGCUUGUCUUCCCACCAAUGGUGCCAUCCUCCCCAACAAUGAAGCCUGCUACGUCACUGGGUGGGGUCACACCUACACUGGAGGUCUCGUCGCCGACAUCCUGCAGCAGGCUCUGCUGCCCGUGGUGGACUUCGCUACCUGCUCCCAGUAUAACUGGUGGGGCUCUAUGGUGACGGAGAGCAUGGUCUGCGCCGGUGGAGACGGAGUCGUGGCCGGUUGCAACGGAGACUCUGGCGGACCUCUGAACUGUCAGAACGAUAGCGGGGCCUGGGAGGUUCAUGGUAUCGUCAGCUUUGGCUUCUUCAGCUGCAACUUCCCCAGGAAGCCCACCAUCUUCACCAGAGUCAGCGCCUACAGUGACUGGAUCAGCGCUACCAUGGUUGCCUUUUAAGAGAAGAGCCUUUUGGGACCAAAGCAGCUGUGUGCACAUUUAGAUCAUGAAACUUUGAAAAAUAAAUGUGUCAAAUCAUCAA